AAGUUCGAAUUUAUACAUCCUCUAGAAAGAGGCGUCAUAAAAAAAAAUCGAUUUCUAUCAGAGAUUCACCCGGUCAGACAGGAACCCCCGAAAAGAAUAUAACAACUGAGCGCAACACCGAAAACGACAUAAAAGAUCCCAGCCCGGACCAAGUUCCCUCGAAUUCACAUACGGAUGCUGGUCAUGAGAACGACGUUAACGAAAAAACCGUAAAUGCAACAUCAGGAAACGAAAUACGGCCGGCACACGAAGAAACAAAAAAAAAAAUUCCUUUAUCUUUUUCAAAGAGCCGCAGAAAUCACAUGCGGGCGAAAGACAUAACCCUCAAGAGUUCUCAAGGAA